CCUCAUCUGGCUGAUUAAACCAGCAGUCAGAUUGAACCAUCAAAGUUCUUAUCCGGUCAUCUUAGCCAGACCAAUCAGUUCUGUACUACACACUGGAUUGCUUGGCCAGUUACAGUACCGCUACGUGCCCCUCACGAAGUUUUGCGGAAGACAUCUGUUGGUCUUGGUCUUGCCACAACACGUCGCAACUGGAGUGCAAGUCCUUCUUCCGGGUGAAGACUUGCUCAGGCCGGCCAGCCGAUCGGUGGCUUCCUGAGACUUCAAAAACUCGACGAUCCGGCCAUGUAAAAGAUCAUCGGUCGGAUGCCGCGCAAGAAGGCUGCAGACCGCGUGGGUCCGGUCAAGACCCGAAGCCGUGGCGGCUGUAAAGAAUGCCGCGCGAGUCGAGUUCGCUGCGACACGAAAAAGCCGACAUGCACCAGGUGCUCGGAGAAGGGGUUGGUCUGUACAACUCAACUAGUUCUCAAAUGGGAAUCCGAAUUCGUGAGCCGUGGCCUUGCCUUUGGCCGAGCCGGCGUCUGGAGUAAGGCUCGGGCUGCUGGUGGGCCUUCCCCAAAGCCGUCGCCCUCGGCCUCCGCAUCUAUCUUCUUUGACAAUCAAGAAUGGUGUCCAGUCCCGCUAAUUGAAUCGUGGGGCUUUGUCAAUAGCGGGGUUGCAUCCUUUGACCAGCCGUACGAAGUCGACGUUGCAUGCGACGAAUUGAACGCCCUAGUCGUCCGGGAAAGAGGCUAUCAUCAAUUCCAAUCGCAUGUCAGCGAAAACAGUCUAGACUCGCCGCUCUCGAUGCACAUCUUGGAACCCUCUUUUCCUUACCCGGAGCCUACCAGAUUGACUCCCUCGUUGUCAUUGUUCCCUCCUAUGUCUGCGUCUGAGGAUCGGUGCCUCUUUGACUACUAUCUUCAACAGGUGUGUCCUCGGACCACUGCCAGCUCCAAGCUCUCGUCGCCUUUUGCAUCGGUCAUUCUACCUUUCUGCCUGUCGGCCUCCCCGCUCAUGUUCACCGCGAUACAAGCACUCGGGGCAUGUCAUCGGUCGCGAUUCGACUCUGCAUACAGUGUCAUUGGGCUUCGGCUCAAAGCCCAGGCUCUACGGGGCCUGCGCCAUCGCCUUACAGAAGAAGGCCCUCUCAUCUGCUCCUCCGAUCCUGAGGUGCUAGCUAUCAUGAUGAUGCUGUGCCUCUAUGAGAUCGUAGACAAUUGCGAUCAACGUUGGACGAUCCAUUUGAAAGGUGCCAAAGACCUGAUUCGCCUUCGCAGACAACAGCGGCCUUCCCUCGCUCGCUCUCGUGAUGCUCAAGAUCCUGUGUCGGCUUUUGCCGAGCUCUUCUUCGCCUUCCAAGAUGUUAUGGGGCGCACUGCAUGCGGCGUGGAAGUGAGCUUUGGGACAGAUUACUGGCAGGAGAAUGAACGGAACAUCGACCUCUGGAUGGGUUGCAGUCCCGAGCUCGUUUCUAUCCUCUCUUCUAUCACUGAGAUGAGUCGGACGAGACGAAGUCUGACCACCAAUGCAGCCCGAGCAUCAUUCUCGCAGCGGGCAGCGUCCUUGGUGCGCAAGCUCGAGAACCUUGUGCAAGAGGUUGACGGUGACGAUGACAACAACCUUCAAGCUGCUGCUGAGCUGAAGCGUCUUGCUGCAGUAUUAUAUCUUCACUGCGCACUGUACGGGGCGUCCCCAUCCACGCCCUUGGUGGUGAGCUACGUUCGGAGGAUCUUACGGCUUGUGUCGGACCUACUGGACUCGGGCUCGUUGGUGAGCAUGACGUGGCCUGUGUUCGUGGCUGCAGUUGAACUGGACCCGGUCCAAGAUGAGGUGUGGAGAGAUAACAGUGGUGAGACGGUGGUCUACGGGCGACCCUUAGUGCUGCGGGCAUUGGCGGCGAUGGCGGAGUCGAGCGUGUCCAAUGUUGCUCGGACCCGGGCGGUCAUUGUCAAAGUGUGGCAGGCGCGAGACAGUGACAUGCUCAAAGGGUCGCCUGUGGACGUCUCGGACGACAUCCAGGGCUGCAAUGACUGGGAAUGGUAUGUUGCACCUAUUAGCAAUGCGAUGAGCUUGGCAUGAUGGGGAUCUAUUGCAGCACAACGUUGAUAUGAAUGGGUACGACCUCCGUGGAGUUACAUGUAGGAUAAGUUGGUCUUUUCUUAUUAUGGCUCGGUGUUUUCCAGGACUACAGACUACAGACUACAGAUAGUUCCAG